GUAGAUUAAAGUGAUAUAAUCAUUGUUAUGCUUAUUUUUAACAUAUACAGGUUAUGUCUUUGAGUGUAAUUUCUUAUUUGAGAAAAAUAAUUUAACCUUUACAUUUUCUUUUUUCUUUCAAUAAUAAAAUAUAUUUCAAAAUUAAUUAAAUAUAUAAAUAUAUUAAAAAUAUCUGAAAAUAUGAGUACGCUGUAUAAGAAUACUAAUAGUAUUAACAAAUUUGAAAAUGUCAACAAAAAGAAGUCUAAAAGAAUACGGAGAAGAAGAUUAUCCAAAGAAUGGAUCUUUAGUUUAAUUAUAUUUUUAGUAUUAUCGUUGAUAAUCGUUGAGAAAAUAUAUUUCAGUUAUGUACUCUCAAUAAUGAUCAAAAAUGCUAAUGAUCUAUAUAACAAAGUAGAUGUAUACAACAAAAUAGAUUUAUACAACAAAGCGAAUGUAUACAACAAAACAGAUUUAUAUAACGCAACAGAUGUAAAUAACAAAGCAGAUGUAAAUAAAAAAGCAGAUGUAAAAAUGUCAUCAUAUUUAUAUGAUUCUUUUACAUUGUCAAAUAUCGUCGUCAAUGUAGAAAAAGCGUAUAACAUACUUGUACAACAAAUAGUGAUAAUCGGUGAAACAUUUGCAAAUACAAUUUGCUAUUGCUAUCAUGCUCUAUUCGAUGCACUGCUAUACAAAACGUACGAUCACCCCUAUGAGAUAAUGAUAGUGGGAAUAAUAUUAGGAAUUAUCGCAACUUCUGCUAGUUGGUUCAUUAUUUAUAUGGACAGUCGUAUACCUGGAAACGAUCCAGCAUUUCCUCUUUUUUUGCAGAAAUAUUGGAUAAAAAUUGCACUGCCCAUAAACCUUAAUUACUUUGUCGGAGCAUUAAUCGGAUUAUUAAUAACUAUAUGCUAUCUUUACGAAAAUCAUUACUUUGAUUCUUAGAAAAAAAAUGAAUUAAGUUUGUGUCUUUGUUGUGUUUAAUAUUUAAAUAACAAAGAAACUAUUUAUACGAAGUACUGAUGUCAAUAUUUAGAGAGAAGAGAGAUAUUAACAAUUUAUUAUUUAUUACUAUCAUCAUAAUUAUAAUAGAAAUCAAUUCAUAACUGAUUCUGAAGGAUACAAGUAUUACAAUUUUACAAAUACAUAUGAUUACAAGAUUUGUUAUAUUGCAAUACAUAUACGCACAUAUAUAUAUUUGAUAAUUAUUUAUUGUUAAAGUAAAUAAUAUGACAUUGUAAUAAUAAAUACUAUUUAAGUAAUGUUCACAGUACAAAUAGGAAAAGAUAAUAUUAUAAUUGCAAAAA